UUUUGUCCAAAGCUCUGGCCAGGAUCUUAAAUGCUGUUCCCAAAGCAGACACAAAGGAGAGCCAUGCAAGCGUACAGCAAGUGUCACAGAUGCCUUCUGAGAAUGUGAAUGCCACAGUGGACAGGGCUGCUACUGGUGAGUUUGACUGGCGUUUUCAUGUUUGGCUUUAGGGAGUGUUGAUGGAUGAGUCCCUCACAUCAGGCAGGUGAAGCAUAUUGGUGUCUAGGUGUUUGUGUCUAGGCACUGACACAAGUGUGUGAUGAUGACACCAGGUGGUGUAGUGAUUAUGAAUCUGCGCUUUAGUUCCAGGAAAUAUACCUGAAUGGCUUCAGUGUAUGAUCAGUUGUUUAGAUGACUAUUUUAAAUUGUAUUAAUCUAAGGCUGUUUUAAUUUAAUGCCUGCUAAGCAAAUUGAUGUAAUUGUUUAAUGAUAUUAAUAUACUUAUACAGAAUGCUAAACUCUUAAAGAAGGAUAACAUCUCCUGUUCUGCAUUUGUCUGCUUGUGUAAGUCUGUUGUACUAAUCUGUAAUGGUACCCUGCUCAUCACUUGUUGUGUAUUUGUUACCUGAUGCCAUUUUGGUUGUUUCUUUGUACUUUUUCUGUCCAUGAAAAGGAAGUCAUUUUAUUCUGCAAAGCCUGAAGAGAUCUGGAGUGUGUUCCACGUUCAGUAAUCUUAGGGCAUUGGUUGCUGGUCAGUCUCCUGUGAACUAGCCAGCUGGAAUUUUUUGUAGUUAUUUUGGUAAUUACAGUCCUUAGAUAAAUGGCUUGAAGCAAAAUACUUGCAGCAUCUUGUGGUUGAUGUCACCUUAUUUUCUCUAGCAUGCUAUUGUUGUCAGACUUGUCUGUGACAAAUUGGCUUGAUGGAAAUCAGUUUAAAAAAUAUUGGGAACCGGUACCGGGCAUGAUGUUUUCCAUAGUGUAGGUACCCUCCCCAGACGCAGACUCAAGUUGAACACAUGUUGGAGUGACUCCCCCAGUUCCACAGCACAGGCCUUCGGCAACCUUGCACAGAUGCCAUCUGGCGCAGCAGCUUUCGGUUUCAGCCUCUUCAACUCUCUCCUUACCUGGUCUAUGGUUAUAGUAGGGUGGUGAGGGGACACUUGCAGAGCCUGGUAGCAGCGGCGGGGGGGAAGGGGGGAGUUUGCAGUGGAAUGACACCGGUUGGCAAAGGAGGUGUGGGUUUGAUGGCUGUGCCAUCGGCAGACACUGCCCAGCAGUUCACAGGAAUGUCACAGGUUGGCAACGGAGGUAUGAAUUUGAUGGCUGAGACAUCAGCAGACAAUACACAGCAAUCAGUGACCAGUGGAAUGUCCCAGGUUGUUGAUGGAGGCGUUGGGUUACUCGCUGUACACCCAGCAGACAAUGGUGGGGGGUGUGUUGGGGUGGUCGCUGCAGCAGUUACAAUGGCAAGGCCAUUAGCAAUAGUGGCAGAGUCAUCAAAACGGUUAUAGAAAUGAUUUAGCUGAUUUGCUCUGGCCACAUCACCCUCUGCCCUGGGGCUGUUUUUCCCGCAUCCUGUAAUCUGCUUCAUCCCCUUCCAUACCUCUUUCUUGUUGUUUUCUUCCAAUUUCCUUUCAACUUUCCUCCUGUAAGACUCCUUUGCAUCUUUCAGACGCUCUUUGAGCUCCUUCUGCACACACCAUUGUUCAGUUAAGUCACCAUCCUUAAACGCCCUCUUCUUCUUCUAUUAUUCUUAUUAUUUCACAAAGCCACGCUGGCUAUCUUAUUGGCUGAUUCAGUUGUCAGUCAAGCUCUAAUUCAAAACUUUCCAGCACUCCCAGUAUGUUUUAAUUGCUGCAUGACUGGCACUUCAAAUACUGGGUCCAGGCGUGACUGGAAGACUCAUACCCUCUCUGUAACAGUUUUUGUCAUUUAGGUAUUACCUGGGUGCAACAAGUAGCCUUGAAAUGAUUUCAAGGGCUUUUCACUAUAGGAGUGCUGCUCUUUAAAUUACAUUUGGAGAUGACUCAACACCCCCAGCUCUCCAGAGUCGUGGGCCGGAUGAAAGGUUCCGCGACGCCCGGUACUUCAGCGUGAUGUGGUGCAAGGCUUCCAAGAAGAAACAUAAACGCUGGGAAGGUGAUGCGGUUCUGGUGGCCCGUGGCAGAACCGUGCUGCUGAAGGACAUGGAGGGCAAGGACAUCGGCAGAGGAUCUGGCUACAAGUGCUCCGAGCUGGAGACCCUGGUGGAGGGCCAGUCGCUCAUGGUGGGCGGUAAGGAGGUGGAGGUGAUGGCCGGCAUCUCCCCGGAGGAGUUCCACAGCGGCCGCUGCUUCCAAGAGACCCGGGCGGAGGUCUGUGAGCCGGCAGCGCCCGCCCCGCCGACCCAGAAGCCCCUCUCCAGGCCCUUCACCAGACCUGGGUCGAGGGGCGUGGCCUCGGGUGCGGAGGGGCCCGUUUGUCACCCACGGCACGACCCUCUGGCUCCAGGAGCCCUGGUCAUGCCGCGGCCGACGGAGAACCACCAGUGGGUCUUCAACAAAGCCGGGCUGCCCGUGGUGGACGUGGUGGUGGACCCCCACCUCGCCGGCCGUCUCAGGCCCCACCAGAGGGAGGGCGUGAUCUUCCUGUACGAGUGCGUCAUGGGGAUGAGGGCGUCUUGCCAGCAUGGCGCCAUCCUGGCAGACGAGAUGGGCUUGGGCAAGACGCUGCAGUGCAUUGCACUGGUGUGGACGCUGCUACGCCAGGGGCCCUACGGGGGGCGCCCCGUAACCUGCCGUGCCCUGGUCGUCACACCCGGAAGCCUGGUGAAGAACUGGGCAGCCGAGUUCAAUAAGUGGCUGGGGAAGGAGAGGAUCACGGUGUUCACUGUGGAUCAGGGUCACAGAGUGGAGGACUUUGCGGCGUCCCCGCGGUCUGCAGUGCUGGUCAUCAGCUACGAGAUGCUGCUGCGCUCGGUGAAGCAGGUGGCGCAGCUGGACUUCGGCAUCGUCAUCUGUGACGAGGGCCACCGGCUGAAGAACAGCGGCAUCAAGACAUCGGCGGCACUCAGCGGCCUGAGCUGCGUCCGCAGAGUCAUCCUCACGGGCACUCCGGUACAGAACGACCUGCAGGAGUUCUAUGCGAUCAUCGAGUUUGUGAACCCCGGCAUCCUGGGCUCGUCCUCAGCCUACCGGAAGGUGUACGAGGAGCCUAUCAUCAGGUCCCGCCAGCCCUGUGCCUCCGAGGAGGAGCGGUGCCUGGGUGUGGAGCGAGCCGCCGAACUGGGCCGCCUCACAGGCCUCUUCAUCCUGCGGAGAACCCAGGAGAUUAUCAACCGUUACCUGCCUCCCAAACUGGAGUGGACCGUCUUCUGCAAGCCGGCGGCCCUGCAGUUGGAGGUGUACCGCAAGCUCUUGGCGCACCGUAUGGUACGCUCCUGCCUCCAGGGGGCGCUGGAGAACAGCCCGCACCUUGUCUGCAUCGGGGCGUUGAAGAAGCUGUGUAACCACCCGGGGUUGCUCUACGCCAGCAUCCAGGAGAAGGGUCACCCCUGUGCUGAGGACUCCAGCCCAGCAGAGACGUCCCUCUACCAGGGUCUGGGUGACCUCUUUCCGCACGCCUAUACCUCAGGGGACUUCAACACCGCCGACUCGGGCAAACUCCUGGUGCUGGUGAGCCUGCUGGCAGCCGUGCAGCUCCUCAGCCCCUCUGACAGGGUGGUGCUGGUGUCCAACUACACCCAGACGCUGAACCUUCUGCAGGACCUGUGCACCCAUUUGGGCUACAGCAGCUGCAGGCUAGACGGACAGACGCCCGUCUCCCAGCGGCAGAAGCUGGUCGACCGUUUCAAUGGCCAGUACUCCACAGACUUCAUCUUCCUGCUCAGCUCUAAGGCCGGGGGUGUGGGCCUCAACCUGGUGGGGGCCUCUCACCUCAUCCUGUAUGACAUUGACUGGAAUCCAGCCAAUGAUAUUCAGGCAAUGGCACGGGUUUGGCGGGAUGGGCAGAGGAAGACCGUCCACAUUUAUCGCCUCCUCACCACAGGGACUAUAGAGGAGAAGAUUUACCAGAGGCAGGUGAGCAAGCAGGGCCUGUCAGGCACCGUGGUGGACGCCUGCAAGCGCACCGAGCACAGCAGCUUCUCCGUGGAGGAGCUACGUGACCUGUUCACGCUUCAGGAAGACUCGCACUGCGUGACGCACGACCUGCUGGGAUGCGGCUGCUCUGGGGACGGCAGGGUGCCGGGCAGGCCGGCUGAGGAGGAGCUCGCUGAGUGUAGGCCGUGUCAGCUGGGCCAGCGCGGUGGCGGGUCCGGUGCCGCCAAACACCUCAGCAUGUCGGAGCUGAUGCAGUGGGCACACUACUCGGGGGAGAGCCCCUCUUUCUCAGAUGUCUUCCUGGACCGGGCGCGAGAACAUGUGACAUUUGCUUUCCGGAGCAGCGCCUCGAACCCACAGCCCCAGCCCGACUGAGCCGCACUGACCCUCCCCGGCAUAAAAAAAAAACCGUGAAACUGAUCUUUUUAGUAAUUUUUAAUACUGUAUCUAUCAUAAAUUUAAUUUAUACACAUUAAUACUUAAUUGUUGGAUGGUUUAAUAUCUGUAUAUGCAGCUCCUCUAAAUAAACU